GGCCUCGGCGGCCAGCCCCGGCGCACAGCCGCGGCCGGGGCGCGCGGCGCGGGGCGGAAAAGCCUGUUUACACAGACUGCACACCGCCUGGGGAAUAAUGCAGUAAAGGAAGUGAGCCGGCUCGGCCUGACUGCUCCAACUUCCUGCUCUCACACACACCAGAGGGAAAAAAAAAAAAAAGAGGAGCGAGAGAAAGAAAAAAAAGGGGGAAAAAUCAGGAUCUCAUUACAAGAGCAACAGACCGUCUGCAGACGCCUGUCAGCAUGGAAAGUCGGGGGCUUUCGCCCGGUUCCUCCUAGAAAUUCCCCCGAAGAAGGAUCUUGAAAGCUCCCCCACAUCUGGGUAUGGAGAGUGCAAUCACGCUGUGGCAGUUCCUCUUGCAGUUGCUGCUGGACCAGAAGCACGAGCAUCUUAUCUGCUGGACCUCCAACGAUGGUGAAUUCAAGCUCCUCAAAGCAGAGGAAGUGGCCAAACUGUGGGGACUCCGAAAAAACAAAACGAACAUGAACUAUGAUAAGCUGAGCAGAGCCCUGCGAUACUAUUAUGACAAGAACAUCAUCAAGAAGGUGAUUGGGCAGAAGUUUGUGUACAAGUUUGUCUCUUUCCCGGAGAUACUGAAAAUGGACCCUCAUGCCGUGGAGAUCAGCCGGGAGAGCCUUUUGCUGCAGGACAGCGACUGCAAGGCACCUCCUGAGGGCCGAGAGGCGCACAGACACAGCUUGUCAGCCCUCAAAAGCACGAGCCGCAACGAAUACAUCCACUCAGGCCUGUACUCAUCCUUCACCAUUAAUUCCCUGCAGAACCCACCAGAAUCCUUCAAGACAAUCAAGACCGAGAGGCUGGAGGAGCAGCCGGAAGACAGCCCUCCUGUGGAAGAAGUCAGGACUGUCAUCAGGUUUGUGACCAAUAAAACCGACAAGCACAUCAGCAGGCCCGUGGUGUCCCUGCCUUCCACGUCUGAGGCCUUCCUGACCUCAUCCGUCUCAGCCAAGAUCUCCUCUUUAAUGUUGCCAAACGCCGCCAGCAUUUCAUCUGCUUCACCCUCCUCAUCUCGGUCCCCGUCCCUGUCCCCCAACUCGCCCCUCCAUUCCGAACACAGAAGCCUCUUCCUGGAGGCUGCCUGCCAUGACUCGGAUUCCCUAGAGCCCUUGAACCUGUCGUCAGGCUCCAAGACCAGGUCUCCAUCUCUUCCCCCAAAGGCCAAAAAACCCAAAGGCUUGGAAAUCUCUGCGCCCCCGCUGGUGCUCUCUGGCUCCGAUAUCGGCUCCAUUGCCCUCAACAGCCCAGCUCUUCCCUCGGGAUCCCUCACCCCAGCCUUCUUCACCGCGCAGACACCAAAUGGACUGCUUCUGACCCCGAGUCCACUGCUCUCCAGCAUACAUUUCUGGAGCAGCCUUAGUCCAGUUGCUCCACUGAGUCCUGCCCGGCUACAAGGGCCAAAUACGCUGUUCCAGUUUCCAACACUGCUUAAUGGCCACAUGCCAGUGCCAAUCCCCAGUCUGGACAGAGCUGCUUCUCCAGUACUGCUUUCUUCAAACUCUCAGAAAUCCUGAUGACAUCUGACCACAAUUAAAGACUUAUUAGCUGAUGAAACAAGUUUGUCCCCAUGGGCUAGUUUACCUGUGUCAUGAGAAGGACAUUGUGAAACCCUGUUAAUUUGGUUUGCACUUUUCAUAACAUGGAUGGUCUAGAUUUAUGUUAGCAUUUUAAAACUUUUUUUUAUAUUCAACAUAUAUAUGAAAAUCUGUUUUGCAUUAAGUGAAUUUUAAUGUUUUUGUUUUUUAUAUCUUAAGUGUUGAACACUGUUGACAGUGAAGAACUUUUCUUAAUGGUUUUCAGUGUAACUAAUAAGGAUGUGAAGCUUUUCUUCUUUAAUUCUGCAUAUGCUGAAUUGUGCUUAUAUACACUAUAACCAGCUGUGCCUUCCUUUGCAUUUAGUUUUAUGUAAAUGUUUAUAUAUUUUUUAGAAUUAAGAGAAAAUGUUUGAAAGACAAACGUAUCAAACAGCUCUCUAGUAGAAUUUCAUUAUUUUUCACAAGUAGGCAAUAUGAAAGCAUAUUCAUAUUUUUCAUUUUUGCUUUCACUUGUAUAAGAAUUGCCUUAGAACCUCUUUUGAACUAAAAUUCAAUAAAUGUAAUGUCCAAGUAAUGUUUUUAUAAAAAGAAACUAAGCCAUAUUUAGACAAUAAAUAUUCAUAAAAGAAAAUGUUCUAAAGUGUAUUUUUUUAAAAAUGAAAAGCUAGGCUUCUAACAGUUUACAACCUUUUAGACACCUCUCAGACAAAAAUAUGAGAUAGAAACCUACAUCAAGUUCAUUCUACUUAUGCCCUGGAAUUAUUUCAUAGGUUAGCAUAUUCUUAUUUCAAAAAGUUAGCCCUGGUUCUCCCAGUUUUCCAUACAGAAUCACAUGCCUCAUACUUUUCUUGGAUGUAAGUUAGGGUUUCUCUACAUCCCUGGAACUGUAGUUAACAUUUAAAAAUCCUACACUUUGGAAGGGGCUCAUAGACGUGAUGAAAACAACAAAGAACCAAUUUUGUAACACCAGGUAUCUUUAUGCGUAGGUAUAUAGCCUUGCUUGUGGAAACUGAGGUAGAAUAUACUCCAUAUGUAUUACCAAGCUUACAGUGAGAAUGAAUUAAAUCUGAUAGACAAAAUAUAAAAUUCUUCAGAUACAUCAUUAUGGAACUGAACUGAUUAUAUAACAGUUUGGAACACUCACCAGUAAAUUCUUUUAUAUAAUGUAGUUUAAAGCAGUGGUAAUACAAACUUUUUCUGUUCCUUCAAAAAUAUCAACAGGCACCAUGCUGAGGAAUUGUUCUGUACAUGAAGUAGGAAAAUACUAAUGUAAGAUAAGAGAACUGGAAAGUGUUCAGUGGUUUCAAUUCAAGAUCAAGUUAAUUAUCAUCCUUAACUAUAAGUAACAGAGACCACUUUGAGAUGCAGCUAAAUAACUGAUCCAAAUUAGGUGUUAAAUGGCAGGGAUUAUGAAAAAGGGUACAAAAUAAAGCUUGUAAAAGCAGAGUUUCUGAACUUUCAAAUAAUCUAAAAUUUUGUUAUGAUACUUAUACAUUUUGAGAUAUUCAAUUGGAACUGAGCAUCUCCUAUGUAAGGAGAAAAAAAUCCAAACAACCUUAAUAUGCAUCUUUGAAUAUAAAGUUGGGCUGAUUACAAAAUCCACUAACAGACACUACCAUCAUUCCCUCACAGGCUGAGAAUAAGUCUGUACUAAAAUAAAAGGGCUGGUCUAGGGAACUAAUAUUUACCAAACAUAAAAUGUUAGAGCAAGAAGGGGCCUUUUGAGACGAUCCCGUCACUGAUUCCCAGAUAAGGACAACUGCAAAGCAGGAGCUGGGAGUUGUCUAAGGCCACAGCUCAUCAGAACAAUAACUGAUGCUCAUUCCAAUUCUAUUUUCCCCUGCUUAGCUGUAAGUGACUAUUGGUCCAAAACUAUGUUAGGUAGAAAAAACAGCAUUAAAAAAAAAUUGUCAGAUAAGAAUGUACCCCAAAUGCAACAUUCUUAUAGAAAAACUUAAGAAAGUUAAUUAAUGUACAAAAAUUUCAAUCAGAAAUAUUAUUUUUAAAUGUACAUACUGACUGGAAAUACUCAAAUUACUAUAAAGCUGAUUCUUUUUUCCCUUCCUUGAAAUACUAUCGUUAACAUGCUUUAGUUCCAUUUAUUAGAAAUCGAAAAAUACUUUAAUUUUUAAUGGAUCAAAAAACUCACUAUAAUAUAGAUGGAGGUAUUGAAGUAUAAUCCCUAUAGCUCUGCCUCGUGUGUGUGUGUGUGUGUGUGUGUGUGUGUAUGUGUAUGUUAACAAGUAUUUCAGCCAGAAAAUUAAGUUUCAAAGAAUAUAUUAACUUUUUCCCCCUUCUCAUGUCUGCUUGAACAGUGUUAAACUGCUUUGGCUAAAGUUUUAUAGAACUAUAACCUAAAUGUUGGUCUCUGUAUGCAUCUUUUCUAUGACUGCGUAUUGUCACUCAUAAAUGUAUCAUUUUUACUGUUACAUUAUUUUUGUUCAAUAAAUACUUUGUUAUAAAAGG